UAGGACCGAGCCAGGCUCGAGAGUGAGGAAAAAUCCCGACCCGAGCUGAUCGAAGCCUUCCAGCAGAGCCCCCGGAGGGAGGGCAGGAAGGAGGACGACGAGGCCGCGGGGGCUUCUCGCUGUUCUGCCCGGAGAAGUCUGAACUGGGUGGGAGAUCAGAAUAUUCGGAACCCGGAGCAGGUAGUGAUCAUGGAGACCGACUUGGCCGACAAGCCUGAGAAGAGAGCUCUGUCUUCCCAGGACUCUCCCUUUUCCCCAGAGCAGAGCACAGAAGAGGGAGAAGUGGCAGCUCUGCGCCUCACAGCUAGAUCCCAGGCAUCAGUGACGUUCAAGGACGUGGCCAUGGACUUCACCCCAGAGGAGUGGGGGAAGCUGGAUCCCGCACAAAGGGAGGUGAUGCUGGAGAACUAUAAGAACCUGGUCUCGCUUUGGCUUCCAGUUUCUAAACCUGAGAACUACAAUUUGGAGAAUGGAAAAGAACCAUUGGUGCUUGAGAGAAAAGCCCCCAAAAGCAGCUACUCCGGUGAGUUGGCCAAAUGGGGGUCUCCAGAAAUAACAGCCCCACAGGACAGUGGAAAGGGGGCACUUUUCAGUGCUUAA